GACGUCAGUCAGUCACCUCUUCUUCAAUCCUAUUGGUUGAUAGUCCACUAAUCUAAGUAAAAGGGCGGGAUUAUUCGUUGAGAGUUGGUUGGCUCGACAUAACCACCAGCUAAAAAACGAAAAACGCAACAAAAAUAUGAUGAAACCAUGCUCGGCUUUCGUUGGAGGAUUCCUGCAUCAUUGAACCUCCUGCUCACCUGGGAAGCUGAUGUGUUUCACCGGAGGACCUGAGGCCCCCCGAGGCGGCGCGCGCGCACAACAGAAAGACCUUUCUCCAAAGAUCUCUCCAGACUCAGGUGUUCAGGUGAAAUUAAUGGGAUUUUGGAUUCUUGGAGCCACUUCCUGUUUGGAAUGUCAGGGGGGAGAGGUCACUCGGUCCAGUUCUCAUAUACCAAGAGUGCAGCAUGUCCUGCAGGUCUGUGGGAAGUGUGCUCUUCUAUCAAAGUGGGCAGCCCGCGGGGUCACCGCAGUAAGGUAUGGGGAGGAGGAGGUGUGUUCAGACCGCUUGGACACGGACUUCUCGGACAUCGACCUCUCCCAGCUGGACACUAGCGACUUCGACAGCGUCAACUGCCUCAGCGAGCUGCAGUGGUGCAACGACCAGCCAGCAGACAUGUCCCCAGCAUCCAUCCGGUACAGCACAGCAGACGAGCUCUUCGAGAUAGAAGAGGAGCACGCGGCUUUGCUCGCCGCACUCACGGACAGUCUGGAUGGCAUGGUCGAUGCUGAGGUGGGCGGGCUCUCCGUUUUCCCCGCUCUGGAGGAGGAGCCCAGUCAAGAGGAGGAAGAUGAGGAUAGUCUUCCUCUCAGCGCCGAGGACAUCAGUCAGUCUCUGGGGGCGGAGACUGAGGACCCUUCUCUGUUGAAGAAGCUGCUGCUGACUCCUCCCAAUGCCCCCACGGGAAUCGACGUCCACAAAGAUGGAGCUCACAGCCAUCGCUACGGCAACAGAAGCCUGCGACUCCGCCCAGUCAGACCCCUGACGAAGAGCGACCUCCCUCAGGACCGGAAGCCGCGGGCGGUGCGCCCGGCGGGACGCCUGUGCAUCGAGCUGCACCGCCACCUGACCACUGCCCAGGACACGGAGGACAGCCAGGCGGCCGACACGGAGGAGGACGAGGAGGAGGACGAGGACAGCGAGUCUGAGGAGGAGGAAGAGGAGGAGUCUUCCAGCAGCGAGGUGGAGGCGACGGCGGCCGCCGCCCCGGCUGAGCCGGCGAAGCCUCAGUUCAGCUCGGAGAAGGAACUGCACUCGGUGGUGGAGCUGAUCACCUACAUGCACACAUACUGCCUGCCGGUGCGCAAGCAGCAGGGCUGGGAGCGCAAGGACCUGGCCCGGCCCCGGGCCAAGCCGGAGGCAGCGCGGCCCGCCUCCACAAACUCUCACAGCAGAGCCGCCGCCUGUCCCGGGACGAGCGGUGGCAGCCCCCGCAGGCUUCCUUUUGCGAGGCAGAGGGAGGUGAAGGCCAGCUCCCUCCUGCGCGAGCUCCUGCAGCUGAACUGCUCCUUCGACGUGAGCCAGCCUUACAGACUGCACAGCCCGCCGUACGCCCACCACCACAGCCCCAGCCGGGGCGCCUCCCCCCCAAAGUCCCAGCUUUGCAAACUCUCCUCUUCUCCUGAGAGGAGGAACUCUGCACCACCACAGAGCCUGGAGGAGCCGGCAGAAACCAGCGGCUCCUUCUCCGUCCGGCGCUCUCGGCGCCUGGCGUCGUUCCCCAGCCGCUUCGCCAAGAGGCUGCGGCCGGGACGGCCGAGGGACGAGGAGUGGAAGGACAAGGAGGAGAAGGAGGAGCAGCAGCCGGGGGAUAAACUCCUACCAACCCAGGCGGGAGCAGGAACCACCACGGAGCUGCAGCAGGAGCAGCGGCGCUUCGGUGACGGGGGCGCCGCUCCGGAGACGACCAGAGCCUGCUGCCACGAAAAGAGAUCCUGUCUUUGUCUGCCGCUCAACUCCAAGUCCUCGGGGGAGUCCCACUACAGCAGCAAGUCCUUCGAGCAGACUCUGAGCGUGGACCUGUGUGGAACAGCAGGCCUGACCCCUCCCACCACCCCGCCCCACAAACCCGUGGAGGACGAGCUCUUCAAGCCUACAGACGGAGGAAAGAGCGGCAGCAGCGGCGACGGCGGCGGCGACUCCGUCUACACGCCUUCGAACCCCCACACCUCCGGGGGGGCGCGGGGCUGGCCGAGCCGCCCCCACCACCAGCGGAAGCUGCCCGAGCAGACGGAGCUGUACGCUCAGCUGCGGCGCAUGGGCCAGGCAGGCGGCGGGGACUCUCAGCGCAGCCUCUGCGACCACGACUACUGCGCGCUGAGCCUCGGCGAGAGCCACAGGCGGAACGCCGCCAUCCUGGACGCCAUGUUGCACACGCGAGAGGAAAGCGAGGGAGAUCGCGACCACGCGGAAAAGGAGGCUGAAGAUCAGGGGGUGGAGGAGAAAGGCAAGAACGGCGAGGAGGAGGGGAGGAUGGAGACGACGGAGGUGGUGGAGGAGCAGACGAUGACCACGUCGCCGCAGACGGACUGCCAGGCGGCGGACGCAACGCCACCGGCGUCUGAGGAGGAGGCAGAGUGUUCGUCAGCAUCUCGCUCGCCGUCCCCCGUCCUCCACAUGUGUCCCGACUCGCCCUCCAGCAAGACGGACUCCAGUGAGAACUCGGAGAUGUGUCCCGAGGAAAAACUGCGGAGCAAAGCCGAGUCUGACGAGGACAACUGCCAGGUGUUUUACAUCCACAACCUGCCCAGCAGCGUGACCCAGAACAUGCUGAGGAAACGCUUCCAGGUCUUCGGCAGCACAGAGGACUGCAAAGUCAUCAUCUGCAACGAGGAGCGCUGUGGGGUGAUAAAGAUCCGUCAGUCAGCGGUUCAAAGACACCGGAAAGAAAGGGAGACCGUGUUCCAGAGCAGUCCAACGGGUCUGCGGAGACUGACCAGGAAACGCUACAUAGACCUCGAUGAGGCGGGUCCCGGCCCGGUCAAGAGUAAGUACGAUGCACUGGACUUUGACACUUUGCUGAAGGAGGCUCAGAAGUCCCUGCACCGUUGACUGCACAGCGCCGCAGACUGGCCAGCCUUAGUACACUGCAGCAGCGCCCCUCCAACCACCGGGGCGCACAGCCGGGCGGGCCUCUCAGUACCUCCACGCAGGACAACCUUGCAAAAUGUUUACAUUUUUACCAUUGGAAUAAAGUUGUUUUUUAAGCUUCACUCACCGGAGGAUACUGCUUAAAAACGAGGGAGUCGCUGGGAGAGGCGACGGAAGACGAACCGGACUUUAACACAAACUGUCACGCCGUUCUCCAGCUGCUUCCUGUCUGUUCUGGUGACAUCUUCGCCCUGCCUUGGAAGAACGGGCGUCAGAGACCUGUAGCAGAUCCUUGCUAUCCCGCGUUGGUCGUUGUGGCGUGUGUUCCUGCGUGUGCGUGCUGUUUGUUCUGUUCGUUUUGUAAAAACCAGGAAAAAAAGUUAAAAAGAGCAAACCUUUCCUGUGUCCUGUCGCGAGCGGUGAACCUGCACGCCGCGUUCGCUCGUCUGGUCGUAAAACCAGGAAAAAAAAAAAAGAAAACCAACUGCUUUGUUCUAGCAAAAAUCGUGGAUGUUUUAAGUUCUAAAAACUACUGUGUGUGUGUCAUGGACAAAUAUAACAUUUAAUCAACGGAUGACUGACAAAGUUUACAGAGUUAAAAUGAAGAAAAAAAAAUCAUGUUUUUUUUUCUUUGUUGUAAUUGUAGUGCUUCCUUUUUUUGAUCUAUGCACUGUAAGGAGGUAAAUGUCUCUUCUGUCCUCCGUUUUCCCCUAUCUAUCUAACUCUGCCAUGGUGACUACCGAGGCCUCUGCUACCGGCUGCUGCAGGCUCUGUUGAACGGGUUUUCGUUUUUACAACCCAACAAGGUCUCUGGACUCCGGUGUUCCACAUGGAACGUACCGAGGACUUCCAGCUUUAUGUUUGAAAAAACUUAAAACGUUUUUUUGAAACUUUAGUAACAUGUUGGAAACCAUUAAGGAUGAGGAUUGGACAGGAAACGAGUCGGUAAAACUUCCACUGACUAGUUGGGGAUCUUUUGAAGCCAAUUACCAGUUUUGUCGUGGUUGUGAAUGUUUAGCGUCACGGUUACCGGUUGAGAGAAAGUUACUUCUUAAAUGUGUAUUUUUGUAAAAACAGAAAGCAGUCAUUGAUUUUUCUGGUUCUUGGCCUUUUCGUUGAGUUCGAUUCUAUGCAGAUGACGCUGAGUUCUCCCCUUUACCCAGGUGUCACAAACGAAAACUUGUGAGAUUUGUGUUUGGAUUGGCUUUAGCUUGACGCUUUUACAUGUUACUCUUUGACAAUUCUUCAACUCCAAUGGAUUCUGACGUGGAGAACAGCUGCUUUUAUCAGAUUGGUUGCUCAAACACGAAUACCAUAGAGUGAGUAUAUAUCAACGCAAAGUUGCUUUUCUCCACUUCGAAAUAUACUGGAAUGACUUAAACUAACGGUUGAAGAGUUCUGGUAGUUCCAAGAAUGUCAAAGAAUAGAUUAAUGCCCCACAAUCCCAAGUUUUUCCCACUUUUGUCUCAAUUCUAAAUUACAAAACGUUUAGAGACACGACUGGAACCAUUUGAGAGAAAUCGUAUUCCUAAAAUGUUUGUUUUGCCGACUAUCCCCUAACAUUUGAAGAACUUCAGUCAAACAGUGUUCCUGGUUCGUCCGUUUGGUCCGAUCCGAGCACUUGUUAGCAGAACCCACUGGGAUCCUGUCACGUCAGCACUUUUUUGGUCCAAAAGGUUCAGAUGCAACCCCACAAAGCAAACGCCAGCGGAUCGGACGGUGUCGGGGUGAGUUUGCGUUUAAAAGCACACAAAGUUUUGGGCGAAACGGGAGGAAGAAUUGGUCGGAAUGUAUUUGAGAAGCUGAAUGUAACCAUCGUGUUUCCCCGAAGAUUGUGGAGCUUCUGUUUGGUGCAGGAAAAGAGCCUCAUUCCUAACCGACUAAACAUCCGAGCGGCAGCCGGUAGCAACGGGCUUCAAACAAGGGAGAGAGCCUCCAAAGCCUGCCAUUGCGGUGGCAGCGCCGCCACCGAUAACACAGCCAGGGAAACGCGAAGUGUUGCAGAAGGCCGUCGACUGAGACUCAGACCUGUGGUCUGAGAGGUACUGUACCAGAUGAGCAUCUCUACCUCACAUCCAUCCUGGCUCCCUUUUCUUUCGCCGCUCCUCUCCGUCUUUGUGGGUUUUUCUCGUCUGGGUUCCCCGACGAGGAGUUAGCUGGACCGUUUGCCUCCUCGUGGAGGAGACGGCCUCCUCAUAGCGGCCUAUAGCGCGUCCAUGUCUUGGAGUGUCGACCGUUCGUCCUCGUGUUGCUGAGUGUCUCGUCUUCGUCUCGUGUUUCCAGUUGGACGCUGCCGACGCCUGCAGGUCAGCGAGGGGCCGAGCGGCGGCACAUCCCACCGCCGCCGCCGCCCGGCCCCUCCUCUCCUCUCCUGGACACUUUAGUCCAAAAGCAGCCCAACCUUCCUGUCCGAAAACUUUUACUCUCGAAGACCUGCUGUCCUCCGCAGAUAGCCCCUCCCCUCUUCUUCUUCGUCUUUAUCUAAUCAACACACAAAAAAAUGUGAAUGUUUACAUCACUUGAUUCUCCUUAGACUUUUUUAGGAACGCACACUAAGUACAAAUGCGCCUUAUUCAGUGCUGAGACUAAAAGAAGAGGAGUUCACUGAUGUCCAAAACGAACCCAGAACACUUUAGUGCUAUACAUACUGAUUGAAGAGGACACCAACGGCUGAAUGAGGAUUUGUGCUUAGUAUGUAUACUACUAAAAAGUGAGAGAAUGUGCUGGUUUACAUAUUAAAAAAGAAAAUUUAAUAUAUGGAUAUAUAAUGUGUACAUAGCACUAUGCCUCAUUGUAAACAAAAUGUAUUGUGUGUUUUUUUUGUUUGUUUUUUUAACGAUGGCGGGUCACAGUUGGUUCGGAUUUCUGAUCGGUCGAACUUUUGUGGAGUUCAGGGAAAAGGGAAAUCAGCCGAGCGAACAAAAAAAGAAUCCCUUUAGACGAUCACACUUGAAGUUUCUGUUCUGUUCCAUGAAAUAUUGAUUUUUCUUAAAGAAGCAAUUUCAGAUGCAAUAUAUAAUCUUAAGACAGCCUUUUCUGUAAACCGAGGUAAUAAUAGGGAGCUGGUCCGAGUCAGUAGGCUGCUGUACUGUACGUAGACUGCCAUUAACCAAAAAGAAGAAAAACACAGCAAGAAUGUGGUCAGUAAAUACAUAUACACUUCUAUUAAUGUUGCACAGAUGAAAUAUCUCCAGUAAUAUUCUCGUCGAAAGCCUUUGAGCCACGUUAUCGCCACAUUUUGAUGGUGCACAGGUUUGGUUUGAAUUGCUUUCAGCACUUAAUUUGAAGAACAGCCAGGAAAGGAGAAGAAAACGAAGCGAGUUGUUGUCGGUUCGACCCCGAGAGCUGAGGUCACCGCUGCAGAAAUCCAAGAAAACGAAACGAUAGAAAAAAGCACUU